CGCGCGCAUAUGCCAUACACACGAAUGGGCUUUGGAAUAUCGUGGACACCGGUGGUUUUUGUACAAAUGUUGAAUCUUUGUGAGAUGAAAAUACAAAUUACUAAAUUAUCGCAAUGAAAGUCGUCGAGGUAAAUGCCAAAGGUGGCACUCCACCCGUCCACCCCGAUCACGAGUUGUCACCAGAGGAAGAAGUAAGAUAUUCGGAGUUGUUUGGAAAACUAGACGUCGACGGUGAUGGACGAAUAAACGUUGAUGAUCUGCAGGAGGGUCUCGUACGAAUGGGAGUUCAUAUGGUUCCCAAUCAUGCCGAAAAAUUUAUGUCAAAGAGCGAUCAAAACAAAGAUGGACAUUUGGACUUUUCAGAAUUUGUUCGCUAUGUGACGGAGCAUGAAAAGCAGCUUCAUAUCGUGUUCAAGAGUGUAGACCAUAAUCAGGAUGGAGCCAUCGAUGUGGAUGAGAUCCUCCUCUCGCUCAAGAAGCUUGGGGUGUCUGUUAGCAAAGAGGAGGCAGAUAGGCUUCUUAAAAGGUUAAAGGGUUGCAAAGGGUGUCGUGACCACCUCCCAAAUCAUGGUCCCAAGCAUGGGGACUUAGAGUGUGUGUGCUAUAUGGACAAAGAUGGAACCCUAAAAGUAGACUGGAACGAAUGGAGGAAUUAUCUCUUACUACAUCCCAGCUCAGACCUACGAGAUAUCUACGCAUACUGGAGACAUGCAACCCAUUUCUAUUACAUAAAUUUAAAUCAAUAUUUUCAUAGACCUCUUGAUCUGGAAUGCUUUCAAAUUCCCCAACGGCUGUUCCUUGACAUUGGUGAGGAUGUGAUGGUCCCUGAUGAGUUCACUGAGCAGGAGAGACAGACAGGGAUGUGGUGGAGGAUCUUAGCUGCAGGAGGAGCAGCAGGAGCAGUCUCAAGAACAGUCACAGCACCACUGGAUAGGUUAAAGGUCAUUCUACAGGUCAUAGGUUCCAAGAAGCCCAAUAUAGGAAUAUUAGAUGGUUUCAAGCACAUGUACCGAGAAGGUGGUUUUAAAUCAUUCUGGAGAGGCAACGGUAUCAACGUUAUCAAGAUUGCUCCUGAAUCAGCUAUCAAGUUCUUGGCGUAUGAGAGGAUAAAACGAUUAUUACACACAGAAGGCACAGAAUUGAAGGUGUACGAGAGGUUCGUAGCAGGAGCUUUAGCUGGAGUAGUAGCACAGACUACAAUAUAUCCCAUGGAGGUGCUGAAGACACGGCUGGCGAUCCGUAAGACAGGGCAAUACAAGGGUAUCUUGGACUGUGCAGUGCAGAUCUAUAAGAAAGAAGGUUUCCGAUGUUUCUACCGAGGGUACAUUCCAAACUGCUUGGGUAUCAUCCCCUAUGCUGGUAUUGACCUGGCAGUAUACGAGACGGUGAAGAAUUCCUGGAUCAGGAAUCAUCAGGACUCACCGGUCCCGAAUAUAGCGGUCUUACUAGGAUGUGGUACAGUGUCAAGCACAUGUGGGCAACUAGCCAGCUAUCCACUGGCCCUUGUCAGGACAAGAUUACAAGCGCAAACCUCAAAAACGAUCACCAUGGGUAGCCUAUUCACAGACAUCAUCAAAACAGAAGGCGUGAAGGGUCUUUAUCGAGGCAUCACCCCCAACUUCAUGAAAGUUAUACCAGCAGUUAGUAUUGGCUAUGUUGUCUACGAGAACACUAAGACUCUCCUAGGCGUCAAAGCGGUCUGAGAAAGAGAUUGAAACUAUUGUAGAAAGGGAUUGAUUGAUUCUGCUAACCCAUUGCCUACCAGCCAGCACCAGGUGAUCCCUGUAUUAACCUAACCCAUUGCCUACCAGCCAGCACCAGGUGAUCCCUGUAUUAACCUUAGGGGAAUGAGAGGAUUCGGUAGUCAACGGGUUACAGGAUGCUGAAGCAGAGCUGUGUGUGGCCUUGAAUGGCUAAAGGACUAUUUGAAGGAUUCAAAGAAAGUAGUUUUGGAGGAGAUAUGAGAGCAGAAGGUAUCACGUCAGGGAGACAGAGCUAUGUAAAGGUGUGUGAUUAAGCAAGCUUCAAUGGAUUCACUCUGUCAGCAGUGGACUGAGAACCACUAACUAUUUGAUGAACGCAAUGUUGGAAUGCUUGCCGAUUUCCACGCAAGUUAUAAAACUGAAAUCAAUACAAUUUCAAAGCUGCAGUGUAGCUGUGGGUAGCUACAUGUACCUGUUAUAGAGAAGCAAUUGAUGCUCGGACACAUUGCCUGUUUGGAGCCAGAAGGGCAUUAGCUCAUAUAAUGUAACACAGAGUUAAAGCCCUUCUAGCUCUGAUCAGAUGAUAUAUGCAGUACAAAAGAACAAAUAAGGUGUAGGGGCAUACUGUACAUGUUCAUGCACUGCAUGUUUGUGUGGUGACUUUAUUGAUAUGACUGAAUCAGGCACUAGUUUUUAUUCGGGAGAAGGGGGGGGGGGGGUUAGAAAUUGGAUUUGUGUCAUGCACAAUCAAAAUCUUUAUAUUUUGAAAGUAAAGGAGCACCAUAUUCUUUUAGCUGAGAAAGAAAUGACUUUUUUCAACACAUUGGCACCUAUUUUUGUGUGAGAGCUAAACUUAACUUCAUUGUGAAGACAGGAUUACUUAAUAGUUGGUCUGUACUGUUGUUCAAAUCAAAACUUAUUAAAGGUCAAAGGAAACCAUGGAUACAUAUUCUAUCAAUAAGAAGUGUGCUCAUCUGUAAAGGUUUGUUCACACUUGAUGCGGGAAAAAUCGGUAGGGUUUUGGGCAUGCUUUUUUUCUUCAUAUGUGGGUGGCAAGUGGGGAUGAUAAAAAGAUUCUGCAUGCAACACAUGUUCUAUGUUCACUCUUAUUUGUUUGUUAUAAGAUGCAUCAUUUUUUAACAGCUGUCAUAAACAACUAUUUGACUUAAAAAUUAAUUUCAAUGAGAAUUUGCCCUCUUAUUGCUGAAAGGGUAUUGUGUAUUUGAGAGGUCCAUUGUCUGAUUUUAUAUAGUGCUUUUUUCAGUAACAAGUAGCUGAAAAAGCACUGUAUAAAAUCAGUUAUCAUAAUUACUCCUGCAUUACCUCUUGCAAUAUCUUUCAUAAGGCAUUAACUACAAAUAACCUCAAUAUUCAUAGAUUAAAAGAAAUAUUUGUGUAUAUUUUGAGCACUGUCUAUUCCUAUCAAUGUGUGUGUGGUGCUCCUAAAUAGGUACCGAUAUGUAACUUUCUGUAAUUGAGAUUUUUGAAUAACAGAUAUGAGAAGAGCAUGAAGAAAAAGGGUCUCUGAUUGAUCAGUACUACUGUGAUUUAGCUUUUGCCUCUUCAGUGAAGCAAAUCUGGUCCCCGUUUUAUGAACAGUUGCCAUUCAAAACGAUCACAACUUGAUAUCCAUCACAUGUAUGUAUACAUCGGAUAGAACUUUGUUUUUUAUUCAAGAAUUUGUGAUUGAUGUAGAACAGUUGCAGCUCAUAAUACGAAGAAGGCCCACACAUUCAAAUGUGAUUUGAAAUUGAGAUGGUAUCACAAACCCACAAGUAUGAGUAUCAUAAUUGUAUGCUUUGAGAACAACCACUCACCCACUGUCAUUAACGACUAAGCUGCCACGUAUGGUGGGAUAAUGUAGUGCCCCCCCCCCCC